AGCUGGAGCGAAGAGGAAGGCUUUCGGGUUUGGCGCGGCCAUUUGUCUCUUGCUGCAGCUGGUGCUCCAAAUCUGGUCUUAGCUGCUCCGUGUCUUCUUCUCCAGCCUCUGUGGCCCUGUGACCUGCAGGUAUUGGGAGAUCCACAGCUGAGGGACCCCCAGAAGCCUAGAAAUGGGACCAUUGGAAUUUAGAGAUGUGGCCAUAGAAUUCUCUCUGGAGGAGUGGCAUUGCCUGGACACUGCACAGUGGAAUUUAUAUAGGGAUGUGAUGUUAGAGAACUACAGACACCUGGUCUUCCUUGGUAUUGUUGUCACUAAGCCAGACCUGAUCACCUGUCUGGAGCAAGGAAAAAAACCUUUCACUGUGAAGAGACAUGAGAUGAUUGCCAAACCCCCAGUUAUGUGUUUUCAUUUUGCCCAAGACCUUUGUCCAGAGCAGAGCCUAAAAGAUUCCUUCCAAAAAGUGAUAGUGAGAAGAUAUGAAAAACAUGAAUAUGGCAAUUUAGAGUUAAAAAAAGGUUGUGAAAGUGUGGAUGAGGGUAAAGUACACAGAAGAGGUUAUAAUGGACCUAACCAAUGUUUGACAACUACCCAGAGCAAAGUAUUUCAGUGUGAUACAUAUGUGAAAGUCUCUCAUAUAUUUUCAAAUUCAAACAGACAUAAGAUAAGAGAUACUGGAAAAAAACCUUUCAAAUGUAUAGAAUGUGGCAAAGCUUUCAACCAGUCCUCAACCCUUGCUACACAUAAGAAAAUUCAUACUGGAGAGAUAACCUGCAAAUGUGAAGAAUGUGGCAAAGCCUUCAACAGGUCCUCACACCUUACUUCACAUAAGAGAAUUCAUACUGGAGAGAAACGGUACAAAUGUGAAGAUUGUGGCAAAGAAUUAAAGUAUUCCUCUACCCUUACUGCACAUAAGAGAAUUCAUACUGGAGAGAAACGGUACAAAUGUGAAGAUUGUGGCAAAGAAUUAAAGUAUUCCUCUACCCUUACUGCACAUAAGAGAAUUCAUACUGGAGAGAAACCCUACAAGUGUGAUAAAUGUGGCAGAGCAUUUAUUUCAUCCUCGAUCCUUUAUGUACAUAAGAUAAGUCAUACUGAAGAGAAACCUUACAAAUGUGAAGAAUGUGGCAAAGCCUUCAAGCUCUCCUCAAUCCUUAGUACACAUAAGAGAAUCCAUACUGGAGAGAAACCCUACAAAUGUGAAGAAUGUGGCAAAGCCUUCAGGCGCUCCUUAGUCCUUCGUACACAUAAGAGAAUUCAUACUGGAGAGAAACCCUACAAGUGUGAUAAAUGUGGCAAAGCAUUUAUUUCAUCCUCACUCCUUUAUAAACAUAAGAUAAGUCAUAGUGAAAAGAAACCCUACAAAUGUGAAGAAUGUGGCAAAGCCUUCAAGCGCUCCUCAACACUUACUAUACAUAAGAUAAGUCAUACUGAAGAGAAACCCUACAAAUGUCAAGAAUGUGACAAAGUCUUCAAACGCUCCUCAGCCCUUAGCACACAUAAGAUAAUUCAUAGUGGAGAGAAACCCUACAAAUGUGAAGAAUGUGGCAAAGCCUUCAAGCGCUCCUCAAACCUUACUACACAUAAGAUAAGUCAUACUGAAGAGAAACUCUACAAAUGUCAAGAAUGUGACAAAGCCUUCAAGUACUCCUCAGCCCUUAGCACACAUAAGAUAAUUCAUAGUGGAGAGAAUCCCUACAAAUGUGAAGAAUGUGGCAAAGCCUUCAAGCGCUCCUCAGUCCUUAGUAAACAUAAGAUAAUUCAUACUGGAGCAAAACCCUACAAAUGUGAAGAAUGUGGCAAAGCCUUUAAGCGCUCCUCACAGCUUACUAGUCAUAAGAUAAGUCAUACUGGAGAGAAACCCUACAAAUGUGAAGAAUGUGGCAAAGCUUUUAACUUGUCCUCAGACCUUAAUACACAUAAGAGGAUUCAUAUUGGACAGAAAGCCUACAUAGUGAAGAACAUGGCAAAUCUUUGAAAUAUUCCUCAACCCUUAAUAAACAUAAGAUAAUUCAUACUGGAGAGAAACCCUGUAAAUGUGAUGACUGUUGGAAAGCCUUUGACCACCCCUCAACUCUUACUAAAUAUGAGAAUUUAUAUGAAACAUAACUCCUACAAAAAUAAAGAAUGUGACAAAUCAUUUUAAGGAAAUUCUCAACCCUUAUUACACAUAAUUCAUACUGGACAGAAACUCUACAAGUGUGAAAAAUGCAGCAAAGCCUAUAACAAAUUCUCAGUUCUUUUUUUUUCUUUUUAAGAAGGAGUUUCAUGCUUCUCACCCAGGCUGGAGUGCAAUGGCACGAUCUCUGCUCACUGCAACCUCUUCCUCUUGGUUCAAGCCAUUCACCUGCUUCAGCCUCCACCACCAUGCCCAACUAAUUUUUGUGUUUUUGGUAGAGACAGGGUUUUGCCAUAUUUAACAGGCUGGUCUCCAACUGUGAUUCACACACCUUGGCCUCCUAAAAUGCUAGGAUUACAGUCAUGAGCAUCCAUGCCCAGCCACAAGUUCUCAGUUCUUAAGAGACAUGGUGAUAAUUCAUGCUGAAGAGGAACUUUAUAAACUUGAAAGAUGUGACAGUGCUUUUACCACCACCUCCAACUUUUCUGUACAUAAAGAUGAUUAUACUAGUGUGAAACCCUAGAAAUAAUAGAAAAUUCGACAAAUCCUUUAUAUGAUUGCAAGACUUGAUUGUAGGUAAGAUAAUUCAUACUGGCAAAACUCCUACAAGUGUGAAGAAUGUGGGAAAGCUUUUUAAUCAGUGCAUACACCUUAUUUCACAGGAAAGCUAGUAUCCUUGAGAAAAAUUGCACAAUUAUAAAAAAUAUGGAAAACCCAUUAAUGCCUACUCACAUCUUACCCAACAGAAGGUGGUUCACAGUUAAUGAAAGCAUUUAAAGUGCAAUUAUGCUCAAGAAAUCUUUCAGAAAAUAGAAGCCUUUAAAGUGAAGAAGAGUAUUCUGAAGACAACCAUUACACAUAUAAAGGAGGUUGUAGUACCUUUACUUGCAUCACAGAUUUCAUUGCACACAUUUUGUACUAGAGGAAAACCCUGAAGCAGUUGCUCCAGCUUUGUUCAACAACAGGGAAUUUAUGUUAGAGAAGAAUCCUGCAAAUGUAGUGAAUUUGGAAACAAAUUUUUUUUCAAAAACUACAGCUUAGGAAACACCAGAGAGUUGAUACUAAAAUAUAUGUUUGCAGAAACAGUAAAUAUAAAAAAUAUUUAAUUCAAAAUGAAUUCCAUGUAAAUAUCAGAUAAUUUACAGUAGAAUAAGGCACUGACACUUCAGACAUUACACUAAAUCAGUGUUGAGUAUAAAAAAGAAUCCACAACAAAAAUUGUUAGAUAAAUUAUAUAUAGCUUUAAAAGGUUUUUUGAAGCAUUGUAAUUACAUUGAAAGUAUACUUGCUUUCUUGAGAAAAAAUUUUUGAAAAGUGAAUAAGGUAAUAGAGCUUUCAGAUUUAUGCUGUUACUUUAUUUCUAUUCACAUGUGAAAGCAUGUGAUCAAUUGAUGCUGCAUCAGAGAUAUUACAGAUUCUUUAUUGGGCAUUCCUUAUAACCUUUUCUAUUAAAGAGAAAGGAUAUUAAAAUGUAAGAUGGAUGAUGAAAAUAUAAGUGGAGAGGCUGUUCGUAUUUGACCUAUAUUAAGUAAUGUAUAAGGUAGUGUUCAGAGUAAUACUUUUCUACAUUAUAGUGAAAUUAUGAAUUACAGUUAAAGGUAUAUUAAAUUACUGUAUUAUUUUACUAAUUUUACUUUUAUGUAAUAAAAUACACUACAUUAAAAAAUUGUUAGAUUGUGUAUGAAGUUAAUUUUGUUGUAUCCAUUUAUUUUUUUUUUUUGAGAUGGAGUCCACUUUCUCGCCCAGGCUGGAGUGCAGCAGCGCAAUCUCGGUGUGAUCAUUGCAACCUUCACCUCCCAAGUUCAAGCGAUUCUCCUGCCUCAGUCUCCCAAUUAGCAAGGACUACAGGUGUGUGCCACCAUGCCCGGCUAAUUGUUUCACCAUAUCAGUCAGGCUAGUCUCGACGUCUUGAGCUCAAGUGAUCCACCUGCCCCGGCUUCCCAAAGUGCUGAGAUUGGCCUAGUUUUAUUUUAUUUUUUACCAUAUUAAGACUAUUUUGCAUUUAAUGAAGCCAUAUUAUGCCACUAACUUUAACCUAUCCCACCUUACUCAAGGGUAUAGGUAAAAGAUGGUAGCAGUAUACUAUUUGGUAUAUAGUGGAAUAACAUCAUUAGUAAUCACUUUGCCAGUGGCUUUAAAUUAAUUGAGUUGAAGAAUAUUUUUCCCAUAGGUUAAAUUUUUAUUCUUACAGAAAUUUAUUCUUAGUAUUUGUGGGUAUAUAGUAUGUGUUUACGUUUAUGCUUUAUAUGGCAUACUGUGAUUCAGGACUACAAUAUGUAGUAAUUACAUUAGGGUAAAUAAGGUAUCCAUCACGUCCAGCAUUUAUCCUUUGUAUUACAAACAGUGUAAUUAUACACUUUUAGUUAUUUGAAAAUGUACAAUUAAAUUUUAAUUGACUACAGGGUUAUUUUUAUGGUCGUAAUAAAAAUUAUACAGAAAUAUAAAAAGAAUAUGGCCAGAUGAAGUGGCUCAUGCCUGUAAUCCCAACCAUUUGGGAGGCCGAGGCAGCUGGAUUGCCUGAGGUCAAGAUUUCAAGACCAGCCUGGCCAACAUGGGAAAACCCUGUCUCUACUAAAAAUAUAAAAAUUAGCCAGGCAUAGGAGCACCUGCGUGGAGGCUGAAGCAGGAGAAUAGCUUGAACCAGGGAGGUGGAGUUUACAGUGAUCCGAGAUUGCACCACUGCAUUCCAGCCUAGGCAACAUUUCUGAGUCCUGAAAAAUUAUUAAUAAAUAUUUGUUACAUAGUUUUCUAUAAACUUGUGGUCUCUCUGCCUGCAAACACGAGUUUUAGUUUUAAUUUUCGUAGAGUGAAAUAUCCACAUAUUACUCUGAAGGUAAACCUUAGGUGUAAGAAAAAUAUAAAGUGAGUAAGUGUAUUUGUGAGUUUGCGUUGGUACAUAUUUUCAGAAGAAAAGCACAAUUAUUGAAACAAAACAACUUAUUUUAAUUUGGUGAAUAACAGAAAACACCUUCAAAAUGUUGAAAGCAAAUCUAUACUUUCUGCUUUGUAUUGAAUUUAUUAAUGUAAAAUUUUAUAGCUUAUGUUUCAAAUUCUUUCCAGAAUCUGCCUAUUGAAGCACAGGCAAUUUUGUCUCCAUAAAUAACACUCUUCAGUACAACAAUAAAAGCCCUCUUCAAACAAACAAAUUAUUUAUAACACUUAUUUUAAUGAAAAUGUAACCAAAAGUAUAUAAUUGGAUGUAUUUUUGUUGUUCUAUGUGUGUGCGAAUGUAUAAAUUGGUACAUAAGGAAAAAAUAAGCCAGAAAAAAAGAUGUUAGCUAAUAUUUGUAAUGAAUAAAACUGGAAAGUAGUUAA